AUGGGCCAUCCCCCUGCCAGUGCUACAGUCACUCUAUUUCAAACUUUCUACUAUCUACCUAAACUAAGAGCUCAUCUUCGCCGUAUCAUUGGUGAUUGUGAUACCUGUCAACGUAAACGCCGUCGGAAUGCCUAUAGGUCUCAAGGAGGUGUUGUUCAACCAGCUGGCCUUUCUUUCGACGUCGGUAACGUAGUGGUCGUGGACCUUCAAGGUCCUCUGGUGGAUCCGUGUGCCCCUGCCUCUGAUGCUAAAAACUGGAUUCUCACCAUCUUAGACCCUGUCAGCUUCUCCGUGGACUAUGAUGUGCUCAACUAUCCUACAACCUCGCUGAUCAUCAAUGCCCUCGAGAGAAACUUUGCUGUCCGUGGCAUACCUAUGGUUCUAGUUAGCGAUGUCGGUUCAACAUUCACUUCAGCCUCAUUCCUCUACUUCCUACGUUCUUGGAACGUUCGUUCUUGCUGGUUACCACGUGAUGCUAGAGGUUAUGGUGGUUUCCACGAGAGGUAUCAUGGCCAACUACUAGAACAAAUACGUGCAAGGCUUCUGGACGCUUCUCAUCUACCCGACCCUAUUCCCCUAAGGACUAUCGUUGCCGAGAGUGUCAGCGCCCUAAACCGUCUUCCUCUCUAUGAUCUAGGCGGUAUCUCUGCUCAUGAACUACACUACUGUCGUCGCCCUCGCUAUCCGAUAGGUAUCGACGAUUCUGAUGAGAACAGCGUGACUCUUGACAAACUUAAAGACUGGCUUCCUUCUCUCUGCAUCCUAGACCCCCAACGAGAAGUCCUUCAUGACGAGCUCGCAACUAUGGCUAAUGAAGUUGCCACUAGGAGAUGUUCCUCACUACUCAACUUUUGGGAUCUGUGGUGUGAACGUUCUGAUCGCGUCCGUCAACGCUUUGAGAAGCUACCUCUACCUCGAGCUACUUUACUCCGCUAUAAGCCUGGUGAUCUGGUAUUGAAGUUCCGCCGAGGCAGUCUCAAGCAACAAUCCUGCUGGUCUGGUCCCUUUCGUGUGGUCGACAGCUCCGAAAGCAACACUCUGUACCGUCUGGAAACUCUCGAUGGCCGCCGUCUAAGAUAUCUCGAGACCGUCUUCAAUUUACGCCGCUAUACUCCUCCAGUGGACAACGUCGAUUCCUACGCCUACAAUCCAGACGAGGCCCCUAUCCCUGAAGCUCCUCUACAAGACGCCGGUAAUGACGAUGACGAUUUGGUCUAUCUUAAUCUAUGA